UUCAACAUUUAAUUUUCAAGCCGGGUCCAGUAAAAAUCAAAUAAGGAUGUGGCAGCUAGCAAUAAUCAUGGUGUUGACAAUGGCUGUCUCUACUUCACAACGUAGCAUAAGAAUCGACGAGAACGGGAUGAAAGUGGAGACAUUGCGGUCUCCUAGGUUUGAGCUGGAGCCAGGAGAGGUUUGCGACAAAUUCUUUUACCGUGUAGACUUCCCCAAAGGCCACAUCGCAGUGAAAAAGUUUUUUGCAGAAAUAGUCGAUGAUGAAGGGAACUCCAUCCCACUUCAUGAAACUUAUAUGCACCAUUGGAUUUUCGCCAGAAUAUUGAUCCCCAAAGGCGUCAAGCCUUCAAGGGAGACAGUAGCCAUUGUGGGAAACUCAGGCGUUUGUGCUCAACUCCCCCAACAUUUCGGGCUGGGAUCCGAGACGAGAAAAACCAACACAGAUGUUCCAGAUCCUUACGGGAUCGAAGUAGGUCGCCCUGCGCCUGCCGGGUUCGAUGAAGGGUGGCUGCUUAAUGUACACGCGAUUGAUACCCGCGGUGGAGAGGAUAAGAUGGGGUGCGCGGAGUGCAGGUGUGAUCUCUAUAAUAGAACUGUAGAAGUUGAAGGGAAGAAUUAUCUUGGAGGCAUUAUGUGUUGCUUUGAUGGGAUGAGAUGCAGACUGAGACAAGGGUUUCAUGGUGGAAAGAGAGGGCUUCACUUACAAUAUACUGUCACUUAUGUUGAUUGGAACCCCUCCAUUGUGCCUGUCAACAUUUAUAUAUUUGAUGUCACUGAUACUUUGAAAUGGUUUGAUAAAGCCCGGACCAGACACGCUUGCCAACUGGAGUACCAAGUUGAUAAUGCAUGUUCUGCUGCUACGCCUGCUAAUGAAUGUGUUCAUUCCAAAAGCUUAACCGUAAGUUUGCCAAAGGGUGGGGAUCUCAUCUAUGGUGUUGCUCACCAACACUCUUCAGCUCUUGGCUCUACCCUUUUUGGAGAGGAUGGACGGGUUCUAUGCAACUCAUUUCCAAUAUAUGGAAACGGAACGGAACCCGGAAAUGAAGAUGGUUACCUUGUUGGAAUGACGACCUGUUAUCCUCGACCUGGCUCAGUCAAGAUUGCUCCAAACGAGAAGUUAACUAUUAUAUCAAACUAUAGCAAUUUCCACAUGCAUUCAGGGGUCAUGGGCUACUUUUACAUUUUAGUUGCUGAUCCAUUGCCAGAAUCAAACCCCAUUUUUCAUUCCCACCACCUCCCUGGGAGAUCUGGUGUAGGCCGGCUUUCAAGCUCGGAAUGAAGACAUGAUCUGAUCUUAUGUGUUCCUCAACUUUGAUCUGGUAUCCAUGCGAUUUGAAUUGAGAAGAUCCAUAUAUAUAUAUAUAAUAUAUAUAUAUGAUGCUGCUGUUGUGUCUUGUGGACUCCAUACUUCUUUAAUAAAGUAUGUAUGGUAGUUAUUAUAAUAAUAAUAAUAAAGUGGAUAUGGUACUUUAUGUCAA